CCACUUCCAGCUAAACAAAAACAACAGCAUAGGACAAGAUCACGAAAAUGUAUAAUCAUUUAAUCAGAAAAAGUUACCAUGAAGAAUUAAUCACGUUUUUGAUGGUUUUUGCGAAAUUGGCAGGGAUAUGUCAUGUCUGUUGAUACUCUAUGCUCUUCCUUUCUAUCAACUGGCUUAGGAGGUAGUCAAGUUGGUGAUCCACAAACGAAAGGCGACCCACGGAAUUGGAAAUCACAAUGUUUCUGGCCCAUUUUUUAUUCCGGGUUUUGUUAAUGUUUGCAGUGACGCAGUUUGUCAGCUCAGCAAACACACGUAGAUGUGACUCUUCACUGAAACAAAGCAACAACAAAGUUAUUGUAAGCUGGCCCAUCAACGUCAGGGCUUUUACGCCUGAUCCUUAUACAGAUAUAUGCUUUGGAAAGGCCUCUAAAGGAAACGCUGUUUCGAUCUUGUGCUGGAACAAAGCUACAAACUCCUUUACGUUUUCUAACCACAGUGCUUCAUUGUCGUCCUGUGACUGGUGCAAGAACAUCGUUACAAAUCCACAAGCACAGGAGCAGCAUGAUGGUUCUGUCCGAGUGUCAGUGGAGGUGGCCUUGGCAGGAACUUUUGGCCAGUUGGUAUAUUGGUACAUAAUUUGGAACGGUGAAUACAACAGGGUCAUCAAUGAAAUGCUCCUUUGCAUCUAUAAAAUAGAAAGCUUUGACUGUGGUAAGAAACCACCUCUUCCCAAGAUAUUGGGUGGAACAGACGCAGUACCGGGGGAGUGGCCUUGGCACGUGUCUCUAAAACAUACAGAUAAGGCACACUUUUGCGGUGGCUCGGUAAUCAGCCCGCGAUGGAUUGUGACAGCGGCUCACUGCUUUGACAGCUUUGAUACAAAAGAUGUCAGCAUUGUUGCAGGCAAAUAUCAUCUUUCAAGGACAGACGGUUUCGAGCAAGAACUUCCCAUCAAAAGGCUUUUCAAACAUCCUCGAUAUAGCGUGACCUGUAGGUACAACUACGAUGUGGCACUACUGGAGCUAAACGGGACUCUAAAGCUUAACAAUAGAGUGGGGUCAGUGUGCCUUCCUGACGCUGAGUUUGAUCCUGGUACCAGCUGCUACAUUACUGGUUGGGGAACAUCGGAACACGGUGUUAAGAAAACGUCUAAGAUUUUGAAACAGGCAAGACUUCCCCUCGUGUCGCGUGAUAUCUGUAAGAGAAGCUACAAGGACCUCCGACGUUCAGGCUUCUGCGUCACGAAACGCAUGCGCUGUGCAGGUUACGCCGAAGGGGGUGUUGACGCCUGUCAAGGAGAUAGUGGAGGACCGCUGGUCUGUCGGAGGAAAAGAAAAUGGUAUCUGAUGGGCGUGAUCAGCUGGGGUGUUGGGUGUGGAGAAGCAGGACGUUACGGAGUGUACGGUGAUGUUUUGAGGCUCAAGCACUGGAUACAAAAUGUGAUACAAGAUUCAUAAGAACACAAGCCACCAGAGAUCGUUUCAUUUUGUUUGCUUGACUUUAGAGUUCCGCUGCGCGCUUUUCUUAGUUGCUCCAAUAUCUAAGGUUUUCGUGGAGGGUAUCGUCAGAUUACCUUCCUAUUGUUGAUUGGCCUCGACUGUUACUGACCGUGAGGUCUUAAAUGGCCGGAGAUCUCAAGGUUUUUCUGCCGUCAUUGACAGUCCCAACCGAUCACACCCUUCUCACGCUAUUGGCUUGUCUUUAUUCCUCUGGUCUACCACUGAAUUUCAAUUAGCUGGCCAUAAUGAAGAUCGAAUUCGACACAACAAAGAUGCAAUGGCUUUGGUUGUACUAGUUAAAGGUCUUCCAUGAAGUACCUAACCUCUAUUUAGUCACACAGAUCCAACAUCAAGAAUUUUGGAGCGAGCGCUCAUUUUGGAAGGUCGAACUCAAAAGAUUGUGAGUGACAUUCAAGUCCUACUAUGGCCUAUGAGUGGAGUUGAUUUGACUUUUUUUUAGGCAUGUUUAAUUGAGAUACGUACCUCGUUAUAGUUCAGGUGGUAAUUCUACAAACCACCACUAGGUUUUCUGAUAUGGAUUGAAUUGACCGAAGAGAAAUAGAUAAGCUAGCUGUUUCAGUUGUAUUUUGGAAAGUUUCUUUGGAGUGUAAAUGAUCCUGAACAUUACAGAUAGUAGCUGUAACGUUUCCGAAACUUGGUCUACGAUAGGUGAAAAUAUCAUCCUUGAAAAGUCUUCAUACAGGAGUCGUUUUAACUCAUAUUAAGGAAGAAACACCAAGGUGUAUCAAGCACAGCGACUUCGUGCAUUAAAUUACUCAGUUGUAAAUA